AUGGCCUCAGCAUCAAUAUUCUCAUUUGAUGAGACUGAGCCACGAGUAUCUUCUCCAUGGCUCAAACAGCUCGAUUCCAUGAAUAGCACUAGAACUUCGUCGCGUAACAGUAACUUUGUUGCCGAUUCUGAGCCUACCGCAUACUUGGAUGAAGCUGGCCAUAUCACCAGACUCGAGGCUGAACCCCAGAAAGGUCCUGUUGAGUACAAACUUCAUCUUCUGAUUCGACCCCGUCGUAACUACACAUACAUGAGUACUGUGACACGAAUAUCUGGUUCGAAACACUCCAAGUACAACGGUCCAUCCCGUACUUCUUCUGGAACAGCACUGCCAGCAAAGAGCGCUUCUCCCUCUGUCACUCCGAAUUACAGGCAGGAUAGGUUUGAACACCUGACUACCCAGCUUCUUUGGAGACUUGGUCAAUCUUGUCCACAUCAUUCGAAUGCAUCGACCACACUCAUCUUACCACAGCUGCCAGAAAGCACAACAGAACUACAAGCGCCGCCAAAGCCUGGACCAAUACAUCCUGGCUUGGAAGAGAGCGAGGGUGCACUCUAUGAGAUUGGUGUUUCCGAUGAUGGCACUCUCGUUGGUCUUGCUGAGGAUGAGAUGCAGGACAGUCUGAACAAUCUGCGUGCCAUGGCUGCAAGUUUGGGCUGUGUCGUUGAGGUACAGAGAAUGGUGAAAGUUGGUACCUGCUCUUACAUGGCACAAACCGAUGCAAAACUCUCUUCGGACUUUGUCGAACAACAGAGUGAUCUUUACGUUGCAGAAGCUCUGGUAAAGCCAAACUUGACGACGGUUGCGGAGAAUGGGCGUUUAAGCGCGGACAAUGCGCUGGAGGACAACCAUCCAACCGAGACCAAAUCGACAAAGCAGCUUCGAAUAUCGCUCACAGGAGCCACUAUGUCUGGAAAGUCGUCCUUGCUGGGUACUCUAUCUACGUCAACACUAGAUGAUGGUCGAGGAAAGAGCCGCUUGAGCAUGCUCAAACAUCGCCACGAGAUUACUUCUGGGAUCACGAGCUCAGUCACACAAGAGCUGAUCGGAUACUCCCCACCUUCGACAGGCGACGUAAAAGUCAUCAAUUAUGCUACGGAAGGUGUAACUUCGUGGAUCGAUAUGCACACAGCUUCUGCCGAUGGACGUUUAGUGUUUGUAGCAGAUUCUGCUGGUCACCCACGUUACCGACGAACGACAGUCAGAGGUCUCGUGGGCUGGAAGCCGCAUUGGGUACUGCUUUGUGUUCCUGCCGAUGACGAAGUAAAGUCUUCUAGCAAGGUUGCAGAGGUUUUGGGUCCGGCCGCCAGCGAUGUUGACCUGUCUGCUGCACAUCUGGACCUCUGUCUGCGUCUUGAACUGCCUCUAGUCGUCGUGAUCACGAAAUACGAUCUGGCACAACUUUCCGUGUUGAAAGCCACACUGGGAAAGCUACUUUCAGUUUUGAAGUCUGCUGGCAGAAAACCACUGAUGAUACCAAACUCACCGGGCACUGUUACCGAGGAUGAAUUGCAGAGCUUCUCGCAGAAAAGAUCGGCUGGUAUACGUAAGACUAUCGAUGCUUUAUACGACGAUCCUCUGUUAGCAGUCCCGAUAGUCUUGACAAGCGCCGUACAAGGUGCAGGUUUUGACAACUUACAUGCUGUCCUAAACGAACUUCCCAUACCCGAUCAUCGGCAGGAACCUCUAGACAGCGCAGGCACCACGACCUCCCUUUUCCAUGUCGAGGAUAUUUACAACAAAGCACAAGAUGCCAACACCAUCAUUUUGAGUGGGCACUUGAGUAGAGGUGCGAUAUCAGCAGGAGAAGAGCUGUUCCUGGGACCCUGCUCUCCGUCUGGCGGAGAUGACUCCGAGGACUCAGACACCCAACAGCGUCCUCGACUCGCCCAAGCUUUACCACCAUCACGCUCCUUCCCAGGUGCGCUCAAAACUCAUGGAAACCUCAACCCGUUCAACAAAGCAUCCGAGCAAGAAUGGCGUAAAGUCAAAGUUGCUAGCAUCAGGAACCUGCGACUUCCAGUCUCGACUCUGCAAUCUGACCAAGCAGGUACCAUUGGCAUUGAGUUGAGUGACGACAAGACUCUCGACACAUGGGCCACUGUCAAGGUGCGAAGAGGUAUGGUGCUUUGCAACAAGCCGGCGACCUCGUCUAGCACCAUUGUCGCACAAUUUAGACGGGAUGAUCUAGGCACAUUGGCAGUGGGAAGCCAAGUUGUAGUAUAUCUUGCAAGCAUUCGAUCGUCUGCAAGAAUCUUAUCCUGCAGAACACCUGAGCCUUCUGAAUUAGUAGGUGAAGACACGAGUCUGGAUAUAGUUGAUCAGAACAGUGGCUCGCAGGAUGAUGAAUUUGCCGACAGGGCUGCCGCUGGUGCUAUCACACAUCAGUACCUGCAGGUGACGUUCCACUUCGACUCCACAAAAGAAUGCGUCGAAGUCGGCUCUCAGAUCCUUGUCAUGCCCGGAGGUGGCCCAGGCUUAUUCGGUGGAACAGAACGUGGAGAAAAAGGUGCGGCUGGUCUCGAAGGAUUCGUCGGAAGGGUUGUCGAAGUACUCCGCUAA